CAGUAGAUAAGGUAGCACUACUGAUGGGAAACAUGAGCUACUAUAACCAUCCCAGGCUCAAGGCUCCGUUAGUGGAUGUUUAUGAGCUGACCAACUUGCUGAGGCAGAUGGACUUUAAAGUGGUCUCCUUGCUGGAUCUGACCGAGCCUGAGAUGCGGAAUGCAGUGGAUGAAUUCUUGCUGCUCCUGGACAAAGGUGUCUACGGUCUAUUAUAUUAUGCUGGGCAUGGCUAUGAAAAUUAUGGUAAUAGUUUUAUGGUUCCUAUUGAUGCUCCAAAUCCUUAUCGAGCUGCAAACUGUCUGUGUGUACAAAACAUCCUCAAACUGAUGCAAGAAAAGGAUACUGGCCUCAAUGUCUUUUUACUGGAUAUGUGCAGAAAACGGAAUGAAUAUGACAAUACCGUUCUCAUCUUGGAUGCUCUGAAGGUUACAGCUAACAUAGUUUUUGGAUAUGCCACGUGUCAAGGGGCAGAAGCGUUUGAAAUUCAGCAGUCUGAAUUGGCCAAUGGAAUUUUCAUGAAGUUUUUGAAGGAACGCUUAUUAGAGGACAAGAAAAUUACUGUGCUGCUGGAUGGUGUAGCAGAAGAUAUGGGAAAGUGUCAUCUUACCAAAGGCAAGCAAGCUUUGGAGAUUCGCAGCAGCUUAUCUGAGAAGAGAGCGUUAACUGAUCCUAUUCAGCAAACUGUAACCUCAGCAGAAGCCCUGGCACGCAAUCUACAGUGGGCGAAAGCACAUGAGCUUUCUGAAAGUUUGUACCUUCAGUUUCAAUGCGGGGUUCGGAUCCAGCUUGGUUUUGCUGCAGAAUUCUCCAAUGUCAUGAUCAUCUACACAAGAAUUGUAAAGAAGCCGGCUGAAAUUACCGUUUGCAACGCUUAUGUCACCGAUUUUCCCUUUGAAUUGGAUGUGGAUCCGAAAGAGGCCAAUAAAGGAACUCCUGAGGAGACCGGCAGCUAUUUACUUUUAAAAGAUUUGCCCAAACACUGCCUCUACACAAGAAUAAGUUCACUACAGAAGCUAAAGGAAGAUUUAACGUUCACUGUUUGUCUGCAUUAUGAAUACAUGGGACUUGAGGACGCUGUGGAUGAAAGAAAGGUGGUUAACAUCGGCAAGCCGCUGGUUGCUAGAUUGCGCAUUCACCAAGGAUUUGGCAAGUGCAGCUGCUUCCAGAGCUGUUGUUUGCCUAAUGACACUUCCUCCGCCCAGCCACUGGCCACGGAAGCAGCUGGAUUCUGCCCAUCUCACCUUAAUCAGCCACAUUCUUACACAGGCUUUGUCCAAUCAAGUCCUUCUCUUAUAGAAAGCCUGAGGCAGCCGCCCAGAUGCCACUGCUUGAUGGUGCCAGAUAGAUUAAUGGGAUGGCAGCCAAAAUGGUCACACUCAUCCGAUUCAGACCUGAGCAAUAUUCCUGUGGAGACCACAGACGAACUCGAAUCUGAUUUCUCCGGAAGUUUAAAACUAUCUCAUGAGCCUUAAACAGGUUUUUGUGUAGGUUGGCGUAGCAUUUUCAAUGGCACUGCCCUGGAAUGAAAUUCUAAGGCCUGGUGACAUCUUUGCUUGGAUCCAUACAUUGGGCUUACGGUAUUGGCUGAGGGCGAAAGAGAUUUAAAA